AUGCAGCAGCCGAUGGCGUGGGGAGGUGAACCAGAGAUUAUUAUGCUCACGCAUGUGCUCGCGAGCCCGAUAAGCGUGUAUAUGGCCGAAGGCGUGGGCAUGCGUUCCAUAGGGGUGUACGGCGAAGACUAUGCGGAUAGCGCUCAGUACGACGAUUUGGCGGUGUUGUUCCAUGGCGCUGGACAUUACGAGGCGCUUCGCGUGUUCGGGAGGGCGUGA